AGCGAAUUUUAAUAGAGUGACGGCAGGAAAAGAAAAUUACGUGGCAAACAAAACAGAAGAAAAAAAAGUGUUAAUCAACAGAAAAUUGUAUUGCUGUUCAUAAGCAAAAACCAACAACUGGCAUAAUGGCGCUCAUACGGGUGCUGGCUGUCAUCGGGUACUGCCUCGUGGCGGUCAGCGGCGGCGUGGAGCUCGAGACGCUGACGCCGAAGGCUGCCGCGGACAAAAUCGAGGAUGCAGUCACCACCAAGCUGACGCCCAGCCUCACAGAGGAUGCCAAGAGCAAAACGGAGAAACGUGAUUCAGCGGAUCAGACAGGAGCCAUCUUUCCGGGCAGGCCCACAAAGGAGACACCGUUCCGGCCCGUUUAUACGUCGGCCAGCUACUAUGAGGCGCCAACCCAAAUCUUUGGACCCACAACCGUACGCUACACGGCAGCGGAGGCGGCACCGCAGACCUACUACGAUAAGCCAGAGAGUGGCCACGGCAUUCGAUAUGCACCGUCCGGUGCUGGGCAUAAGCCUUCGGUGCAGUUCGCCCAGCAGGGGCAUCGCUUCGGCUUUGCCGCGCCACCGCAAGUGGAGCUCUAUCAGCGGCCAGCCGCCACUAAGUCGGCUUCAUUAGGAGCGGAGCAGCAGCAGCAGCAGCAGAAGCAACAACAACGGGAGACUUUCCAUUACGGCGAAGUGGAAGCCGAGGGUGGCGCCAUCUAUGAGCGGGCGGGACCGCAGCAAUAUCAAUUCACUUUGCCAGUCCACCAUCAGCACAAGUUUCCUCAGCAGCAGCAGCAGCCACGUGUGCAGUACAUCAUUGCCAUUCCACUCUCCUACAUGCGUCAGCUGCAGCAACAGCAGCAGCAGCAGCAACAUCAGUUACAGGUGGCGCCACCCACAGCAUCCGCCAGCCCUAGCAGCAGCAGCACCACCACCACGACCAGCAGCAGCGCUGCACCACCAUCAACGGCAGCGCCUGUACCGAGGCACCAUCAAUCCUUUAUGCAGCUGCUUGGACCGCUGGCACGUGAUCAUCAGGGCUUGUACAGGCCCUACUAUCAGUCGGACGCCUCGAAUGCACCACUCACAGGCAUCGGCACCCCAGCUGGACCAAAUCCACCCAGCCAACAGCAGCAAUAUUUCCAGAUACCAGCCAGCCUGCUGCUGGCCGCCGCACAACAGCUGCAACAGCAGCAUCAGCAGCAGUCCCAGCAGCAGUCGGUCUAUGCGAAAGCUGCACCACCACCACCACCACCCAGCUACCAGCAGCUCAUCUAUCAGCCACAGCCACAGGCACCACAGCACCACCCACAGCUGCAGCUGCAGCGCAUCUUUCUGCAACCACCGCAGGCACAGACAUCAGCUAUCUAUGCCGAACAGCCAGGCGGCCCUUUGUAUGCAUAUCCGCUGCAGCGACUGAAACAGCAGCAGCAGCAGCAACUGAAGUACACACCAGCAACGGACUCCGUGGCAGCAGGGCCAACAGCAGCAACAGCAGCAGCAUCGGGAGAUGUGGCAGCAACAACAGCAGAGACGGCAACGCCAACGCGUCCUACCGCACAGCACUUGCCCGUCGUGCACUACAAUCCAAUUUACGUGCAGGCACCCGCCGAGCAGCAGCAACAUCAUCAGCUUCAGCUGCAGCAGCAUCAAUUUGCCAUACUGCCACGUUUUAGCAAUAAUAACCCAAAGGCCGCUUACAAUCUGGGGCAUGAAUCAACGCCACCGAUUCAUGUUGUCAGAUUGUCAGCGGCUGGCGCUCCCGGCCACGGGCAUGGGCAUGGGCACGGAGCCGUGCCCUUCCACCAUUUCCAUCACUAUCAGCCGGGCUCAGUGCCGUUGCUGCAGCAACUUUAUCAUGCCCCGCAGCAGCAGCAGCAGCAUCAAUAUGUAUCGCAUAUGCCGUAUGGCCACGAAGAAGUUCCACUUCCUGGACCCGUAUCCUUGCCCACCACAGUGCCUGGCAUGACUGGCGCCUCACCAGCCAUUAUACCAUAUUUCAGCCAUCCGGGUGCCGUGCAUUAUGGCACGCAUUUGUAUCACCCGGCAGGGGCAGGGGCAGCCACGGCAGCAACAAAAGGAGGAAUAGUCGCAGCAGCAGGAGCAGGAGCUGGAGCUGGAGCUGGAGUGGGUGUCGGAAGUGCAGCAACAAGCCCCAAGCAGCAGUCAACAAGUGGAGGACACUCAGCAGGUGGCGGCAACAAUAUUGUCAAAUAUCCCUAAAGCAACUCGAUGAGAUGACACCGGACAACGGAUUGAGCAGAAGGAGCAGCAAACAGGAGGCCCUUGCAGCUGCGGGGUUUUAUUCACGCGAACUCACAUCGAUUUUUACUGCUCCCACUCGAACACUGUUUGCUCCUCUGCCAAAAACUUUCGCGUUGGUUUUUUGUGUGUGCAAAUAUUUGUUACAUUUUCCAAUAGACUCGCCAAAUAAUCAAUUACAUUUACACAUGUAUGCGGUUACCCUUUGUUAGCUAUUAAAACAAUUCAUUUUGUAUUAUAAUUUUAUGGUUUUCCCUCCUUUUUUUUUUGUGUGUUUUGGUAUGU